AUGCGCCUGGGGUCCGGCAGUGGUCCCAAUGGUCCCAUGGCCACCACUCACCUCCCGUCCAUCAUCAUCAUCGCGUCAAGGCAUGAAGCCUUCUUGGGGGGGCCGGGUGAGGGGCCCCCCUGUGGCACCAGCCUCGGGUGGGCGAGUGAGGGGCUGGGGGCCGGUGGCAAGAACCGGCAGGUGUGCCACGCCGCCGCACGGCUGGAGAUGGGCAGCCUCUGGGAAGAGUUCAACCGCCUGGGGACCGAGAUGAUUGUCACCAAGGCAGGCAGGAGGAUGUUCCCCACCUUCCAAGUGAAGCUCUCGGGGCUGGACCCCUUGGCUGACUACGUCUUGCUCAUGGACUUUGUCCCGUUGGAUGACAAGAGAUACAGGUACGCCUUCCACAGCUCCUCCUGGCUGGCAGCAGGACGUGCCGACCCGGCAGCCCCCGGACGUGUCCACUUCCACCCCGAUUCCCCUGCCAAGGGGGCCCAGUGGAUGCGGCAAAUCGUCUCCUUCGACAAGCUCAAGUUGACCAACAACCUCCUGGACGACAACGGCCACAUCAUCCUCAACUCCAUGCACCGCUACCAGCCCCGCUUCCACGUGGUCUUCGUGGACCCCCGGCGGGACAGCGAGCGCUUCGCCCACCAGAACUUCAAGUCCUUCAGCUUCCCCGAGACCCAGUUCAUGGCGGUGACGGCUUAUCAGAACCACCGGAUCACCCAGCUGAAGAUCGCCAGCAACCCCUUCGCCAAGGGAUUUCGGGAUGGCGAGCCCGAGCCGUGGUGUGGGGUGCCAGCGGGGUCCCUGCUGGGCUCCUUGCCCCGUGCCCGGGCCACCGCGCUGCCCUCCCGCCCCGAGAAGCCGGAGAAAGGUAGGGGGGCCGGAGUUGGGGGGGGUAAUGACCCCCUCUUGCUGUCUCUCCCCCCCUCGGGGGCUCCCCGCAGCCGUGGGGCACUGGCCACCACCGUCACCCCACAACCAGCCCCACCGACAGCUCCCCCCGAGCUGCCCGUGCCCCCCUUCCAGCCUCUCGCCUGCCCCCCCGGUAUCUACGUGGGGGCCAAGCCCCGUGCCCUCCCCUACCCCCUGCCCACCUUCCCCCCCCUCAGCCCUUACGGCACCGCCGCGGCCCCCAAUUUCGGCUACGGGCAGCAGUGA